UCUCUUCUCCUCUGUCUUAACCUUCUUUUAACUUCCUCUGUAUUUGCAGAGAAAUUCAGUGCAAAUGGAAGGCCUAAGUUUCUAUAUUGGAGUAGUAGGCAACAUAAUUUCUGUUCUAGUCUUCCUUUCUCCCAUAAGGACUUUUGUAAGAAUAGUAAAGAACAGAUCUACAGAGGAGUUUGAAAGCAUUCCUUAUAUCUGCACUUUGCUCAGCUCUGGUCUUUGGACUUACUAUGGAAUCAUCAGACCUGGUAGUUAUCUUGUUGCCACUGUCAAUGGUUUUGGUGUUCUUGUGGAAGCCAUUUAUGUUGUCUUAUUCCUUAUAUUUGCACCUGCAAAGAUGAAGGCAAAGACAGCGGUUCUUCUUGUGGUAUUGGAUGGGGGAUUUCUGGCAGCAAUGGUUCUUGGUACUCGCUUGGCAUUGGAAGGAGAUACGAGGAUUGAUGUACUAGGAUUUGUAUGUGCAGGUCUAAACAUAAUCAUGUAUGGAUCACCUCUGGUAGCCAUGAAAACAGUGGUGACGAUGAAGAGUGUGGAGUAUAUGCCUUUCUUUCUAUCAUUCUUCCUAUUCUUGAAUGGAGGGAUUUGGGCCUUCUAUGCACUUCUUGUUGGAGACUAUUUUCUUGGAGUACCAAAUGGGAUUGGAUGUUUACUUGGAACAGCUCAGCUAGUGCUCUACAUGAUGUACAGAAAUUCCAAAGCAUCGAAGAAUAAUAGAUUAGAAGGACUGGAGGAAGGAUUGGAACACCACCAACAUCUCAUUUCCCCCUCCGAUAGAGACAUAGAGUAG